AUACCAGUGUUAUUAUGCUAACGGUGUGUCAUCAACACAUCAGGACUAGGGUGGGAACUGCAAAUGUUGGGAAAAAUAAGAAUACUAGAUCCGUAUUAAUAGAUUUAUAGGGGACAUUAGAAGACACGUAAGACGUACUGUCUCAGUGAACACGCUGUCAUAACGUUAACACGGUAGCAGGAGGUACAAACGGACUAAGUGCUAAGCUACGUUGAUCUUCUAAGACUGGACUGUCUUAGCAAGCAGGCUAACUGGCUGAUCCCCCGUCUGCUUGGCUCCUGACGGGACGGGAGAGAGAUGUCCUGCAGCUUAUUGGAGUUCUGUCGGCUCCAAGAGCUCAAAACUGUCCGGGACUACUUGUUCCAGAGUCAGAAAACCGAGCCAGCGGAGGAGAAGAGUCAAACAGAAAAUGAGCUGUCUUGGGAAACCUCUGAGUGGGAGUCAGCGUGGGACAGUGGUGAUAACAAAGAGGAGGAAGCCGCUACUGCCACAACGGUGGAAGAGGAGACCACAGGGCAGAGUGGACCCUGGCUGCAGGACUGUGUAGUGGCCAUGUCGCCCUGCUCCGACCUGCUGGUAGUGGCCCGCGAACAGAAGGCUGUCUUUCUCUCAGCUAAGUGGCGUUCAAAUGACAGCGGCAGAGAAGAGAUGACCCUGGCUGUGUCUUGGACUGGAACCCUCAGCACUGACGAAGGAGAGUGUGUGAGCAGCUCUGUCUGUAUACCACUGGCAAGCCAGAAGAGGAGCUCCACUGGGCGGCCUGACUGGACGUGUGUAGUAGUGGGUUUCACAUCUGGCUACGUCCGCUUCUACACAGAGAACGGGGUUCUGCUCCUGGCCCAGCUGCUGCAUGAGGACCCUGUACUGAGGCUCAAGUGUCGCACAUAUGAGAUCCCUCGUCAUCCUGGAGUAACUGAGCAGCAUGAAGAGUUAAGCAUCCUCUACCCUGCUGCUCUGGUCACCAUCGAUGGUUUCAGCCUCUUUCAGUCUCUGCGUGCCUGCAGGAACCAGGUUGCAAGAGCGGCAGCAGCAGGUAGUGAUGUGAUCCAGCCUCCUCCCCUGGCCUAUAAGAAGUGGGGUCUGCAGGACAUGGACACUAUUGUGGACCACAGUAGUGUGGGCAUUAUGACGCUGUGUGUGUUUGAUCAAAUGAAGAAUGCAUCUAUCCUGGGGGGGUUUAAUGCUUCGGUCAAAGGCAGUCCCCCCGCCAUGAGCCAGUAUGUCACUGUGGGAGGUGGGCCGUACACAGGCUUUUACUAUGCUGUAGAGGGAAGCUCCCAGCCUCUCCUCUCUCAUGUGGCUCUGGCUGUGGCCAGUAAACUCACCUCAGCCCUCUUCAAUGCUGCCAGUGGAUGGUUAGGUUGGAACAAGAAUAAGAAUGAAGAGGAGGCUGUGCAGAAACAGAAGCCCAAGGUGGAGCCUGCUACGCCCUUAGGGAUCAGAUUUGGUCUCCCAGACUCUCGGCGCCACGGCGAGUCCAUCUGUCUGUCCCCCUGCAACACGCUGGCCGGAGUUACGGAUGACUUUGGUCGAGUCUCACUGCUGGACCUGGCCAGGGGCAUUUCCAUUCGCAUGUGGAAAGGUUACCGAGAUGCUCAGUUGGGUUGGCUGCAGGUUCCAGAGGAGAGAGGCGACCGGGAGUUCUCCCCCUCUGCUUCCCUCCCUAGACGCCAUGCCCUGUUCCUGGUCAUUUACGCCCCCCGCAGGGGAAUCCUGGAGGUGUGGGCGAUGCAGCAGGGGCCUCGAGUCGGAGCCUUCACUGUGGGAAAACACUGCAGGUUGCUGUAUGCUGGCUACCGUCUGAUGGGGGUGAACAGUGUCACCAGUCAGGGCUGGCAGCUCCACACCCAGCAGGUGUGUCUGCUGGAUCCCAUCACAGGAGCACUGAGGACAGUGAACAUCCCCUUCCACCUGGCCCUCAGUGACAAGAAGAGUGAGCGAGCCAAAGACAUGCACCUGUUAAAGAGACUGACAACUAUACUGAGGAGCAGAGAGGUGGAGCCUGAUAUUUUGGAGAGCGAAGCCAAAAGUGUGCUGCUGGAUAUCAAACACCCUGCCAUUAAGAAGCAGGCUUUGGAGUCUCUGCUGUCAAAUAAGAAUGCUCCCGUCUCAUGUCUUACUAAAGUCACAGGCGCCUUAUAUGACGUUCUGAAGCAACAAGACCCUGAGGAAGUGGAUACAGCGUUACUCCAGCUCUGCUCUUCACAGCUGAAAAUGCUUCAGCUCUACUCUGACAUCCAGCAGCUGCACUCUGCUGCAGACAUAGAGGCCAGCUCUAAAGACCAAGACUCCUUUGAAGGCAUAGAGGAGGAAUUGUCGCGUGUUGGCCCCACCUUGCAACGCUAUGCCCAGCUCACCUCGAGACCCAGUGUUUCAUUUGCCCAGGACUCACCUUACUCACCCCUGCCUGCCCAAGCCUUUCUCUCCCAGAUGGAGUGCACCGAGGAUGGGGAGUUGAGGGUGAUCCGCGGGUCUGAAACUGAAUGGAAUCGGCUAGGGAACUUUAUGUUCUGGGGUUGUCUGUGUGGAAACAGUCCACUCCAUAAAGUCUGUGACACACUGCAGGAGGCGGGCAUCAGUCCACAGCAGCUACUGUCUCUGUUGCUAAGUGUGUGGUUGCAAAGAGAGAAGGAGAUGCUACAGAAACCAGGAGAAACCGUUAGAAACUUACACACACUACUCAUUGCCCUCAGCAACAUGAAAGGUGCAGUUGAGGAGUCUUGGGACACCCAGUCUAUCUCCCCCUGGUGGCAGCAAGUUCGCCACACAUGCAUCCAGUCCCACAAUUCUGCUGCUGCUCUGCUGGCCGCCUUCGUUGCUCACCGUGCUGCUAAGGCUAGCAUCACAAGCCGGGCUGACAGCAAGUUGCAGUCAGAGUGGGAGGCGGUGUCCCUAGAGCUGGAGCAGUGGGUGGUGUUUGUUCGCCAGCUAGAGGAUGUGUUGGUGCUGCAGACUCUGCUGUUGGUGCCUCCUCCUCAGGGGUCAGGAGGGGGCGCUGCAGCACAGUGCUCCAUCAAAACGCUGAUGGAAGGAGGCACAGGUGGCAUUGCUGACAGUGUCUCCAAGUGGGUGUUCAGGCACAACUUGUCCCCCGAGCGACUGAAGGAAAUUCUCCAGAAGAGAGAAGACAAAGAGGCAGAGGACAAACUGGAGCAGAAGGCAGGAGAAGAAGGAAAGGAGCAGGAGGAGAAGAGCCAAGAGGACACAGACAGGACAGCAGAGCUGUUGGUGGCAGUGUGCCAGCGGUUCCCCCACUCACUUUCACCCGACCUGCUCUUCGCUCAUUGCUGCUGGGAAUAUGUAGUGCAGUGGAACAAAGACCCUGAGGAGAGUCGAUACUUAAGCUGGGCUGUGGAACAUUUAAAGCUGGUCUCCAGUCCACAUAUCCAACUAGGUAUCUCUACAAUGAUGUGGAGCACGUUCAUUGUCAAGCGUUUGUCAGCAGCAGCCUUCCUCAUGGAGAAGGUGGGGAAGUCACCUAAAGAUCGCUUAUGUCGACGGGAUGUCGGGAUGGGAGACAAAGCUGCAACAUAUUUCCUGGGCUGCUGUGUCCAGCUGCUGCAGAUCCUCAUGGAGGUGACUGGAGUAUUGGUUAAAAAUCAGUGCCCUUUGUCUUUUAUAAAUUACUAUGCGGACUCCGCGGUGGAGGAGGUUCCUGCUCCAGAGUUGUCUGUGGAGGAGGCGUGGUUCGGGGCAGAGGGCCCCGCAUCCAUAGCUGAACUUGCCCUGGAACAGAGAGGAGUCCACUACCCCCUGGUGCAACACCACUGCCUGUUAGCCUCCCUGCUACAUUCUGCUAUGACGUUCAGUCUAAAGGUCAAACCACUCAGCCUGUUUGACAGCAAGGGGAAGAAUGCUUUCUUCAGAGAUCUGACGACCAUCCAGCUGAUGCCCAGUGGAGACAUGGACCCAGGUCUGAUCUCACUACGACAAGAGUUCCUCCUGCGGGUGCUGACCGCCUGGGUGCAGGCUAUAGACGAUUCCUCUGGCACCAGCCCCCCCCCUCUACCUUCUAGUGGCCCCAAGGCUGACUGGUGGCCCUCGAUGUGUCUGGAGCUGGGCUCCCUGCUGCAGGUAAACCCCGACAUCCUGAGACGGCACCUCGUCUGCGAGCUCUACAACCAGGGCCUCGACCCCCGGGCUGAAGAGGUGAUGUUAGAGGUGGAGGAUAAGGAUGUACUGGGCUCCCAGCUGCUGGUGCUGACUGGCCAGAGGCUGAGCUACUCACUGCUCCACAGCCAGAGCCAGACGCAGGCUGCCAUGGAGCUCCUGGCCCGCCUGCCCCCCACCCUCUGCACAUGGCUCAAGGCUAUGGACCCCGGUGAGCUGCGGUGCCCCCUGGUCCCCCUGCCGCAGACCAGCAGGCUGGUCGGCCGUCUGAUUGAAAUCCUCCCGGAGAACCACGCCCAGUACAGCCUGGCCCUGCACCUCCUGGAGGCUGUGGAGGCCCUCACCACUGAGGACUGACCCUCCUGAGAGGGAGGGAUGGGGGGCUGGAAGGCUGGAAGACACCUUUCGAAGGCUUGGCCAUAGUGGACGGAUGAGAGAGGCAGCAGUGAUAAGCGACCCUCUUUGUCACGGAGGAGAUUUUUAUUUCGUUAUUCAGCUCAUGUUAAUACGAUAAAUUCGUCCUCACAAUUUAAUUGUAGAAGGCAGCGAUGUAGAGUGGAUAUGAUAGGCUUUUAACUUUUUUUAAUCCAUCAUAUUUUUGUGCAUGUAACAAAGUAUAAUGAAUUCUUGUGUUAUUGAAGCGUUUAGGAGAUGGUUAUUAAGGAACGGGGCAUGUCUUUUCUUUGUCACUCCUCCCUCAUUUUCAAUCUGAUUCUCUUUAAAAAUCAGACGUCAGUGUGUGGGUGUCCUAACUGUGUGCCAUAUCAGAGUCCUGUUUGACAUUUCUCCUUCCGCUUUCCCUCUCAUGGACAAGAGCUGUAUCAUAAAGAAUUAUUUUUUAUUUAUAUAUGCAGACAGUACUGUACUAGCUCUGCCUGUACACCUUCUAUUCUGUAGUCCCACUGGGCUGAUCCCAUGCAGAAUAAAAAGGUUUCUCAAAAGCUUA